CACAAUUUCAAUCAAGUUAUGUUCAACAUUGACCUUUGGGGGUCAGGGGUUGGCGACAGUUAUUGAUACAUGGGUUUGAAUAUUUGGUCCAUCUACUGUAGUAACAAGGGCAUUACUACUAGUAGCAAGGGACGCUAUUAGGUGGAGGCCAUCACUACGGGUUUCAAGAAGCUACUAGUAACACCUAAGCGACUGAACCAUUGGUUGUGAUUCUUCCUCCUCCUUUUGUCCGGGGCAAAUGUUGCAAGCCAAGAGGCACAUGUGUGGUCUUGUAGCAAACAUGAAAAAGCAUCCCUUCUUUCCGUCACAGUGCCCCUGACCGUGCCUAAUGACCAGCCUUAAGAAUGCCUCAUGACCAGAGCAACCCUUGUGAAUGCCUUUCUGCAGUUUUGAAUCGGUUGUUUUGAAUCGUUUCGGUCGCCAUGGAGAGCAACCUUUCAGAGGCGGACAAACACUUCAUCGUUUGCACCGCAGCUGUGCUCGCUGUGGGUGUGUUCUUUGCAGGACGCUGGGCGCACAAUGCGGGGUCCAGGACUGCACAAAGAAGAAUGCGCAAUGGUUGCUUUUGGCGAAGCCCCAAGCAAGUCGAUCCGGCAGAUGCAAGGUACCUUGAGAACCAAGUUUGCAAGAAGAAGGUCCUUUUUGCGCAUCUGUUCUGCACCUUUGUGGCGAUGCUCAACACAGGUGGUGUGGUGAGUAUUUCAUACUUGAUGUGGUCCGGGAGCCGUGUUCACUGGAUGACCACAACAACUAUUUGGCUGGUGCUUAUCAUGACUUUGCUGGCCAUUUUAACCUCCCAGCUGAAAGGAGUGAUAAACACUGGCACACUGGACCUAAUCUGCUUUGUGACAAUGCUCUAUGGUGGUAUUUUGCAGUCUCCUUGGUCGCUCACAAUGGAGAAUGUGUAUUUGAUGGGCUCCCUGUUUUUCAUCCUCGCGACAGUUCCAGUCUGCACCUUUACCAAGCACUUUGCUGUGGUGUUCAUGGCCCAGACAGGACUUCUGGCCUUGGCUGUGGUGCGCAUGGCAACAGAGGAGUCCCCACCACAAGGAGCACGCUUCAGCAGUCCUAAGGUUUUUGUUCUCAUGCAUGUAUGCUUUCUGGCUACUGUGCCAUUGCUCUUCUUCUUCGCCAACAAUGCUAUAAGACAAGGUGUGGAAGCCAGAAUCCGUGAGAGUGACAACAAGACUCAACUGGAUGCGGCCUCAUCCCUUCUCGAGCUGACUUGUGACGCUGUGGUGCAGCUGGAUUCCGACUUUCGGGUCAUUUCCGAGUCCACUCCGCUGGCCACGAUGCUCUUUCGCCGUGCCACGACGUUGAAGGGCACCAAGUUCACCGAGUUGGUGGCACCGUCGGAGAGCGUGCGCGCCGAGGAGCUGCUGAGGGAUUGUGGUGGCGAGGUUCGCAUGGCGAACGCCUUCCACACGCAUUUGGUGGAUAGCAAUGCCAGUAAGUUCCGGACCGAGGUAUUUCAAGUGAAGUAUACAAAGUUAAAUGGUCAGAAAUGCCAUGUUCUUGGACUCCGAGACUUUACUGAUGUUGAGGCCCUGUCAGGGAGGGCCACCGACGCCAUCCAGGGCGGGCCCAGCUCAGCGUCAGUCAGCAGCCCUGAGGCUGGCCUUUCACCGUCCCUUGAGAAUGCAGUCAGUGAAUCGUGCAUGCAAGUUGGUAAGAAGAGUGCCUUUCUCCAGAUCAAUGUGGAAGAGAAUAUCCUGGUAGCAGCUUCUGCUCCAUAUGGUGACCUCGUUGGACUGGCCUUGGGGGAGGUCUUUCCACACCAAUUCACCGUUGACAUGCUUCGUCGCUUGUGUGCUGAAGCACGGGAAUUCUCCCAACCCUUGGGCCAGUUGCCUGAUCGAGUAGCAUCCUUUGUUGAAAUGCCUUUUCUCGGCGGAGAGGGGACUGGGCCCACGGUGGGAAUCACCGGGAUGACGAAGGUCGUCCGCACACAGUGGGGCCAGCUUCAUGCUAUUGUGAGCUUUCUUCCACCAGAUCCAAGUGUCACAGGUUCGUGCCUCGAACCACGUUUUCGGAACAAACCAUGGGCCUUAAAGGCUUCCCUUUAGGACACAGACGCUGACAACAGAAUCGAACAAGCA